AUGCGAUUCGAUCGACGACAUUCUGUAAAUCAAAAACGAUUCAUUUUCAUUUUAUUCCAAUGGGAAUCGAAAGAAUGGUUCGAAUUGGAGCCCGAAAAAUUGGUUUUUCAACAAAGUCAAGAAGCAAUUGUUGUGGAAAUGGUGAAUAGUAAAGGAAUUACAUGGCAAUUAUGGUUGAAAUACAAUAGUGCGGCACCGGAUUAUUGGAGUGUUGUACAAGGAACAAGUACACAACCAGGAAAUCAAGUUCCAGAUAUUCCACAAUAUUUUGGGGGAUUUGGGGCUUGUGAAAAAAUAAAUAUGAAUUCUUGUUGA